GCUUUUCUUAAAUCAGUCCUUACGAACGCGCCACUCUCUAUUUGUUGGAAGUUCUUAAGACAUAUUUACUUAAUGUUCUUAAGACUUAUUUGGAAGUUCUUAAGACAUAUUUAAUAUUUCCAGAAAAAUGGCUAACGCUAACGAUCUUCUCAAGAAUGUAUCUGCAACAGUUCCAGAAAAAGUUGGCGACAUGUUUAAAGUUGGUUUUGUGAUUGACUGUAAGUUUCUGGUUGGAAAAAGUGCUGAAGCUAUAUUUGGCCAUAAAUGGAAGUUUGCAUUAGAGUCACCGGUCUUUGAACGUAUGUUCUGUGGCGCAUUCAUUGAAGCCAAUAACUCUACGGAAGUUGCUUUACCAGAUGAUGAUCCGAAAAUAUUCCGAAUUUUACGACGUCUAUUGUACAACUUUCGUGAAGCAGAUGUCACUUCAUUAUCAUUUGAGGAUACUUCAAACUUAUGCAUAAUGGCCGAUAAAUAUAUGGUGGAAACUGUGGUAAAAUUAUGCUGCGGUCAUUUAUUUACAUUCAAAGAGAGAAAAAAGCAAAUAAAAUUAUUUGCUCUUGCCAGGAAAUUACAAGAUAAAUUUCUUCUUUAUAAGAUCGAAUUGAUUAUUUCAGAUCUCAACCCAAUUGAGCAUCUUUGGGAUCUAUUGGAGAAAAAAUUCGUCAGCACGUUAUAAACAGCAAGGAGAUUUUACGAAGUGUCAUGCAGGCAGAAUGGGCGAAAAUAACAUCUGAGGAAACAGAGAAGUUGGUAAACUCCAUGCCAAAUAGACUGAGUGCAGUCUUAAAACAACGUGGCUAUCCUACCAAAUAUUAGGAAUGUGUUAAUAUGUUUUUAUUUUGAGUUUAAAUAACGCUUUUGCUUAUUUUUAAUUACUGAACGCAGACUUUGUGGUGCUUAUAUUAAAUUGUUAUCAUAUUUAAAUCGCUCUAGAGUGAAAGUGCUUAACCAAACUUAGAAUUUUGUUUUUUAAUGAUUUGAUUUAUAAUUUUAUUUUGUGUUCUUUAACCAAUAAUAAAAGUUUGUCAAGUGAAGGAAGACUUUAUGGGAUAUGUGUUGAUAUACAUCAGGAAUGUUUGUAACUUUAUGUACAAUUAAAGACACUCAGUUCAAGGUUCAAAACAAAAUUCAAAGCUCUUUUUUUGUUUUGUGUAAAGGAUUAAAAAAAGGGAAUCGCAAAUGAAAAAGGAGCUAAGGAACUAAGAAAAGGAACUAGUUCCUUUUGUGGAACGGAACUAAAAAGAGCGAUCACUAAAAGAAACUAAAAUGCCCACCUCUAAAAUUUAUAGUUUUAUUUUGCACUCUUAACAAAUACACACACAGAAAAAAAAUAAUUUUGUAAAACUACUACUUUUGUCGAAAAAACGACGACGAAAUUUGAUAACUUUCCUGCAACAAAUUAUUUUGAAUUUGGACGACCCAAAGUAAAAAUUGUUGUUGAAGGGCACUCUUUUCAAGCCAACAUAUAGCAAUAACAACAAUAUGUCUAUAAGCAAAACAAAAAACCAUUUAACCAACCAGCCACCAAUAUGCGACUUUGCUGCAUAAGCUUCGGUGUGGUGGUGUUUUGUAUUUUCUUUUAUUCGGCUCGUGGUGCUUGUCUCGUCCGUUUACUUCUCUUGCUCGUUGCAUUUUUUCUCUGUGUCUCUCUCUACGCACGAUUUGAACUCAUGUUUUCAUGAUCGGUAGUCUUGCACGCAUCCUCUAGCUUAUCGACAUUCCUUAAUUGAUGUUGAAAUAACUUAAUAAGCAUUAUUGCACAAUAAUAAGCCCCAAUAAAAUUCGAUUUAUAAAAAUUUAAAAACAACAUUAAACAUUUUUUUGAUUACGAAAUACGUAUUUUUUUAGCCGAAUUUUCAAAAAUAAUUUUAAAGAAGAAUAACAAAACAAAAAACAUUUUUUUUAUUGGCCGGGGAAUUCAAACAUGGGUUUGCAAGUACUUAAUGGCAUGGGAGUCUUGUGUGCUACAUGGUAGUACGCAUUUUUUAACAACUAAAGGCCGGUACUAUAUUCGGGUUUCGUGUUGAAAGUCCAUAUAAAAAAAUAAAAGAGAAAAAUUUGCCGAAAUGUGUUCGUUUCGUCAUAACUUGUUUUUCCACCUAGGGAAAAUUUACAUUUGGGGACGCCCAUUGAGAGCACAAAAACACAGUCUCAAGAAGUUACUUACGCAAAUAAACGCGAUCGUCAAACUUCUAAUUGUAACUGAGUGUUUGUUAGUGAUGUUGCUCACAAGUAUUUACUCUGGUUGGAAAAAAUAAACAGCCCUAUUCUGAAUAACAAUUCCCUGGGAGUUUAUUCCCUACAAUUUUCUGUUCUCUCGGUUUAAAUAUGUCAUGUACCCACCAUAGAAGAUUUUCUUAAGUUUUUCAAUUUUAUUAGCACUCCGUUCCGAGUCCGAUACUAAAAGGAGGUCCCUUAUCUUUGAGCUUAAAGUAGAAUCGGGCGGCACUCGAUGAUGUGCAAGAAGUCAUCUGUUUCUUAAUGGAAUGUUCGUGGGCAAUUAUUAAAAGAUACUUGGCGCCACAUUUGGCAGCAUUCACUUCACAGGAGUAGGAAUAAAUCCAUAAUUCACUUUUCGGCAGUAUUGUAUCCAGCAGCCGUCCCAACCACCAUGAAAAGCGGCCGCCGCCUGGAAAUGUCGACUAGAUCUUCAAGUCUUAGCUCCGUAAAAGUAGACAUUUAGAUAAAGCGGCGCAUCAGCAUUUAUGACGACGAAGGAGAAGCAAACUUCUAUAUUACGAUUCAGCCUCCUUAACUCCUUUUGGCAAGGGAAAACGCCAACAUGCAGGAUGUACACCGCAUGCAGCCAGAGACAUUACGACACAAUUAAUCUAUUUGUCUGUCCACCAGACCACUCUGGAAGCAUCUAAUUAAGCCAACGACUGUUUGGAUGAAGACGGAAAGUUGUUAUCACAACACAGAAAUAUGGUGACAAGCUGUAGGCCAUAAUUGUGCAUUAUUAAAAUAAACACAUUUGUAAACUUUUUUAGCAACCAUUAACUUAUUUUUGCUUAUUUUUCCAUUUUAUAUUCUUUUUUCCAAAAAAUAACAAUCAAAUGUUUAGCCAAAAUGAAACCGUUGAAGCAAAACAGCUGUUUUCGAAAAUUCGAAAUUCCCUCUUCCAUAUUUUUUCUCUCCCCAUUCAAUCAGAAUAGGAGGAUUUUAUUCGAGGGAGAAAUUUAUUCCCAGGGAGUUUUCAGAAUUGGGCUGAAGGUGUUUGUGGAUGCAUAAAUAAGAAAGUACUUUUUGAAAUAAUAAGGUUUGUGAAGGAAUGUGUUGCGCUUUUGGUCUUGCAAUUACAACAACAAUAUUUGGAUAAAAGUGGAGGAUGCUGCCAAUGGCUUUUGUAAAGUUGUGCUUAUUUAACUUAUAACAGUGAAAAUACUUCAAAAUUUAAUUAUUUUUUCAA